CAGAAGUUACUUACUCACUUUACACUGCAUCAACCAAACAAACAAAUAAAGCAAAAGGCCUUUUUAUUCCAAAGCAAGGAAGGAAGAAAUAAACCGAAUGAGAGCAUUAACCUCUUCUUCUUCCACUUUCAUUCCAAAGCGUUAUUCCUUCUUCUUCUUCCUCUCCAUUCUCUUCGCUCUUCGAUCCUCGUCCGGGGGCUGCUCCGAAUACCACCACCACCACGCGCCGAUGGCCACGAUAGGAGGCUUACGCGACUCCCAAGGCUCUCAGAACAGCGUCCAAACCGAGGCCCUCGCUCGGUUCGCCGUCGAUGAACACAACAAGAAGCAGAAUUCACUUCUGGAGUUUUCUAGGGUGGUGAGGACACAGGAACAGGUUGUUGCGGGAACCCUGCAUCACCUUACUCUCGAGGCUAUUGAGGCAGGUGAGAAGAAGCUCUAUGAAGCCAAGGUGUGGGUGAAACCAUGGUUGAAUUUCAAAGAACUCCAAGAGUUCAAGCCUGCUGGUGAUGUACCAUCAUUUACCUCUGCUGAUCUUGGUGUCAAAAAGGAUGGUCACCAACCUGGAUGGCAAUCUGUGCCAACACAUGACCCUCAAGUUCAGGAUGCAGCAAAUCAUGCGAUCAAGACUAUCCAGCAAAGGUCUAAUUCACUAGUACCCUAUGAGCUUCAUGAGGUUGCUGAUGCAAAGGCUGAGGUCAUUGAUGACUUUGCCAAGUUUAAUCUGCUUCUCAAAGUCAAGAGGGGACAGAAGGAAGAGAAGUUCAAGGUAGAGGUACAUAAGAAUAACCAAGGUGGGUUCCAUCUAAAUCAGAUGGAACAAGAUCAUUCCUAAUUCUGAUCGGAAGUUUGGCCACGCUAGCAGUAUAGGCCUGGGUGGCACCUAAAAUAUACCUUUUUUUUUCAGUGGGGUGUAUGAAUCUUAUUAUCUAUGCUAUACAUAAUUAUAUACUAAUCGGGUAUUGUUCUUAUCUCUGUCUCAGCAAGUAUGUUAGUGCUUACCCCUUUCUCUAAGCCUUGGCAGAUAAGUUUUCCUAUGUGUAUUGGCUUUAUUAACUGGGAAGCUACCAAGUUACAUUAGUACCUUUGUAACGUAAAUAUUUACUUAACAUAAAAAUGUGGAUGUUGACCAUUUGCAUUUAACGUA